AUGUCCGCCCCCAACUCCGGCCGCCAGUCCCCGCCUCCCGAGUCCCAGACCGGCGCGCAGCAGCAAUCGCCCCCGUCCCAGGGCCAGACCGGUCAGACCUACGAGACCCGCCCCGGCCAGGUCUCCCAGGAGCAGUCCGAGAACACCAAGUCGUCGCUGGAAAGCAACCCCAAGCAUCCCUUGGAGGACAUCGAGGCUGCGAACGAGAAAUGA